AUGAAGCCUGCCUUUGCAAAAAUAACUCUCUUCUUCUUCCUCUUCGCCUUCUCCACAAAAUCAUCGCCGGUCGCGGCAUCCACACCGGAACCAGUGGUUGAUAUCUCCGGCGAAAAGCUUAAAGCUGGUGUGAGCUAUUACGUCUUGCCGUUCGUCAGAGGAAGAGGCGGCGGUCUUUCUUACGAUACCUUUGGAAAAGACACAUGCCCCCAUGUCCUCGUGCAAGAAAAGCUUGAAGUCUCCAGCGGCAAGCCAGUACAGUUCUUGCCUUUAAACCCUAAGAACCAUGUCAUUUACACCUCCAGAAAUCUCAACAUCAAGUUCAGUAACUUGAUUUCAACUUGUGUUGAGUCUGGGGUUUGGAAAAUAACCAAGUUUAUAAGCGAGGCAUUGAAUGUGGCUACUGAUGGCGCUGCAGCGAACCAAGAUUUUUUCAACUGGUUCAUGAUUGAGAAAACAGAAAACAACGGUGUUUAUAUUCUCAAGUUCUGCCCUAAGCCAUCGUCUGUGGUAUGCCAGGAUCUUGCAGUAUUUUCUAAUGGAGAUGAUGGGAAAAGGUAUGUCGGUCUUACCAAUCCUGGUGAGUUUCAGCAACUUCUUGUUAUGUUCAAGAAGGCUGAUGUUAAAGAUGCCAUUAUUGAUGGUGAAGAAGAUGUAAUGAGCAGCUAGAUGUGAUAAGUUGCAUCAAACUUCAGAGCUAAGUUUAUCUUAUGUUAUGAAGCUUGAGAAUAAGAGCUAUCAUGUUGUAAUAAGAAGCAUAUUUUCAACUGGUUUAUGAUCGA